GUAGGCGCCGGACCGCAGGGCAGAAGGGCUAGGUUGUGUGCCUGGAGCCCAGCGGGAAAGAAAUGAACGGGACACGGAAUUGGUGUACCCUGGUGGACGUGCACCCGGAGGGCCAGGCCGAGGGCAGCGUGGACAUUUUCAGGCUGACUCUCCAGAGUGAACUGACAGGGGAUGAACUUGAACACAUAGCCCAGAAGGCGGGCAGGAAGACCUAUGCCAUGGUGUCCGGCCGCUCAGCUGGUCAUUCUCUGGCCUCAGAACUGGUGGAGUCCAGUGAUGGCCACGAGGAGAUCAUUAAGGUGUACUUGAAGGGGAGGUCUGGAGACAAGAUGAUCCAUGAGAAGAAUAUUAACCAGCUGAAGAGUGAGGUCCAGUACAUCCAGGAGGCCAGAAACUGCCUGCAGAAGCUCCGGGAGGAUAUAAGUAGCAAGCUUGACAGGGAUCCCGGAGAGUCUCUCCAACGACAGGAGAUACAGGUAAUAGGAAAUAGCCCUAACAAACAUGGUGGCUUUGCCUUCCCUUCCCUGUUCUGGUCGUAGGUGGACACCUAUGUAAAUGAAGAUGUCGAGAGCUUAAGGAAGACCGUGCAGGACUUGCUUGCCAAGCUGCAGGAGGCUGAGCGUCAACACCAGUUAGACCGUGUGGCUUUUGAGGUCAAACUCAGCCAGUACCAGAGAGAAGCAGAACAGAGUAAUGUGGCCCUUCAGAGAGAGGAGGACAGAGUGGAGCAGAAAGAGGCAGAAGUCGGAGAGCUGCAGAGGCGCUUGUUAGGGAUGGAGACGGAGCAUCAGGCCUUACUGGCCAAAGUCAGGGAAGGGGAGGUGGCCCUAGAGGAACUUCGGAGCAAGAACGCUGACUGCCAAGCAGAACAAGAAAAAGCUGCUACCCUGGAAAAGGAAGUGGCCGGGUUGCGGCAGAAGAUCCACCACUUGGAUGACAUGCUCAAGAGCCAGCAGCGGAAAGUGCGGCAAAUGAUAGAGCAGCUCCAGAAUUCAAAAGCUGUGAUCCAGUCAAAGGACGCCACCAUCCAGGAGCUCAAGGAGAAAGUCGCCUAUCUGGAGGCGGAGAAUUUGGAGAUGCACGACCGGAUGGAACACCUGAUAGAAAAACAAAUCAGUUAUGGCAACUUCAGCACCCAGGCCCGGGCCAAGACAGAGAACCCGGGCACUGUUAGGAUAUCCAAGCCCCCCAGCCCGAAGCCCAUGCCUCUCAUCCGAGUGGUAGAAACAUGAGCUGCCGGGAGACGGAUGCUGCUGUUGCUGCUGCCUCCUGCCUACGGAGAAGCCCACCACCCCUGUUGGCUGUUAGCACGGACUCUGACUUCCUGACUGUUCCCUGGCUGCACCUAGGGCUUGGGCUCACAUGUCCCACCAUUCCCAAGCUCCUCUCCUCUGUGUGCUGGGCAGACAGAGCAUGAGAGCCUCCUCUGGACACUGCAGCCCUUUGGAAGAUGUUAUCCUGCCGGCAGGAGCCGGGGCAGUAUCCUUAUUCCUAUAGUUACUGUUUUUCUCUGUAGAGAGGCUCCCUUCUGUGGUAGACUGAAGUCCAACUGCCCUAGAAGCCAGGCCUCCAUCUGGUCGGGAGAGGUGACGAGAUGUGCCUCAGCCCUCGAGGAUGGAGGUGUAGAUGUCCAGAGUGAUUGGAGAAUGUCCUGGGGAAUGAAGUUCUUCUGUAAACACAGCUCAGUUCUUAGCAACAAACUUUGUUUUUCUACUUGUUCCACCCUCAGCCCGUGCUGACCUGGGCCUCCUGGAGACAGACUGCAGGGCUGGGGUCAGAGUCAGUGAACCUAAACUUCGACUGGAUGGCCUUGUCUUUCUGGGGAAAAGGUUUUGAAUGUACAUUCAGGGAAUAGUUUUUUGCAGAAAGAUUCUCUAGGGCCACAGACAGUUAUGUGUGACUUCUCUCUGCUGUGAAAACUCCCAGAAUCUCUUAGGGUUUUCCCCUAAGGUGUACCACAAGGCACACCUCAGUCUUCUUGACCCAGAGCCUAAAAACUGUUUUCACUGGGUUACAUCAGUCCCGGCAAAAUCCUCAUUGUAUUUAUUUUGCUAAGUUAUUGGUGUUUUUGCUUAUAUCUCAUAAUUGAUUUAAUACCAAAGUUCUACAGUCUUCUCUUGCAGUGUUUGUAUUUGCUUGAAACUGAGAAAAGUGUUCCCUUUGGACUUGUUGAUCUCUGAAUGACAUUGUUAUUUUU